AUGGAUUUCCCAAGUGACGAAGUCAUCAAAGAACUUGAGAACAGAGAAUACAGUGUAGAGGAAUAUUUCUCCAAGGCUGAGCUGGCCAAACUGUCUAAUAUUGAAAUGCUUAGAUACAAAAACAUGAGGAAGAACUACGAGAUAAUGUUGGCUGUUGGAUUACCUGCCGUGAUGCCUGAGUUCAUGAAGGGACCCAGAUCUAGAGCAAAAAGAAAACCAAAGAAAGUGGAAUCAGACAGCGAUGAGGAAUGGACGCCUUACAAAUCAACGAGGGAAAAGAAACAGACAGUUAGGUUUUCUGUCCCAGUAAAGGAGGCAAAGGAAAAGAAACCCAGGAAAAUAAAGGUACUAAAAGAUUGUUGUACUGAAAAAAGUAUAAAAUCGACCAACAAAACAGAGCCACGUAAAUAUCCACUUCGAAUAAAAGAAAGACUUAAUUACAUGGAUGUUGAAGUGCCAGAUGAUGAUGAUUUUAUAUACUGUGAGGAAUGUAAUCAGGAACAUGAAGGGGACUGUCCAGUACAUGGUCCACUGUUAGUGGUCACCGAUACAGAGCAACCCCUAGGUAAUCCUGACAGAGCCAAGAAAACCCUUCCCAAUGGCUUAUCAGUAAGACAGUCAAAUAUUUUCUAUGCUGGGCAAGGAGUAUUUGCUGAUAAAUUUUUCCGUAAAAGAACAAGAUUUGGUCCAUAUGAGGGAGAAAUAACUGAAAACCGGGAUGAAGCCCAAGAAACAGGAUAUGCUUGGCAGAUAUAUAAAAAGGGCCAACCAAGUCAUUUUGUGAAUGCCUUUAAAGAACCCGUCAGUAACUGGAUGAGAUAUGUCAACUGUGCUAGAUCAGAAUCAGAACAGAAUGUUGUGGCGUUUCAGUACAAAGGACAGAUCUAUUACAGAUCUUUUAAAGACAUUCCUGCAGGGACAGAGCUCUUGGUAUGGUAUGGUAAUGACUAUGGGAAAGAACUAGGGAUAGUCCGAGAAGAAAUAGAUGUUACUCCCAAAAUUGUGAAUGGAGAGGAAGUGUUCUGCUGUCCUUGGUGUCAAAUGGGAUUCAGCAGCAAAGAGUUUAUGGGAAAACACUGUAAAUACAAACAUGGAUACAGUUUGUUGAAGAAUUUCAAGCCAUGUAUAAGGACUGAGGAUAUAUUUCCUUGCCAGCAUUGUAAACUCUGCUUUAGUACCUCUGACUUCCUUAAAAGACAUGUUUUGCAUUGCCAAAAGAUAGGAAAAGAAAAUAGUGUCUGUUCACAUUCAGUUAGAUCUGCAGAGUGCCAGGUUCAAAGACAAAUGAAAAGGAGAUUUACUGACAUCCUUACUGAUACGGAAGUGACUAAGAACAUCAUCAUUGGUGACAAUAUAUCAAAACCUGCAUAUUCUAGGCAUAUUGAAUGGGAAGAUAAAAUUUCUGAAGAACCACCUAGAGAUAAAUGCAAAUAUUCUGAAAAAAUAUUUUCUUCCUCAAAAGAAAUAUCAAACAACAUACAUCAUGUAGAGAAUACAACUGUGAAUGACAAGAGCACAAAAUUGAUUUCUGUAACAAAUCCUUAUAAAUGCACUGUUUGUGAUAAGGUGUUUAAUCAGAGUGAAAAUUUAUACAGGUGCAUGUUAACACAUACAGGUGAUAAGCCUUAUAAAUGUAAUGUAUGUGGGAAGGCAUUCAACCAGUCACAGAACUUACAAAGACACAUGAGAACACAUACAGGUGAUAAGCCUUAUAAAUGUGAUAUGUGUGGGAAGGCAUUCAAUCAGUCACACCACUUACAGAGUCACAUGAGGACACAUACAGGUGAUAAGCCUUUUAAAUGUGAUGAAUGUGGGAAGGCAUUUAAACAGCUAAUUGACCUACAAAGACACAUGAGGACACAUACAGGUGAUAAGCCUUAUAAAUGUAAUGUAUGUGGGAAGGCAUUCAACCAAUCACAGUCCUUACAGAAACACAUGAGGACACAUACAGGUGAAAAGCCUUGUAAAUGUGAUGUAUGUGGGAAGGCAUUCUCUGAUCCAAGUUGCUUUAAAAGACACAGGAGAACACAUUCAAACAGGUGAUAGUCUAAGAUGUAGUGUCAAUGGGAAGUAAUACAGCCAGUCAUUAAUUAGUUUAUUUAUAGCGGAGAUGCAUGAGGAUACACAAUGAAAAAAACCUAUAAUUUCA